AUGAAGGUAUUGGAAAAUUUAACUGCAAAUAAGCCGGCAGAAAGGAAAAAGGAUGGUUCAUUUGAAGAGUCUUUCCAUAAAAGAAAUAAAGAAGAAAACCUUGCUUUCCAAAGCAUCAUUGACGAUUUAACCUCACUGAGUCCUUUGAAUGAAAAAACAGUGCUCCAGGUGAUAGAAGCUCGUUUUCAAACAGGCAAAUUUUACUCUUGGGCAGGUGUUCCACUCAUUGCAGUCAAUCCAUUCCAAAAUGUCGCAGAUCUCUAUGACAGUGCAACGGUUGAGAAAUACAAGAGAAUUGGGCCAAGUGAAAUAAAGGAAUGCCCGCCUCAUAUAUUCGCCAUUGGUCAGAAAGUGUAUUGCGAUCUCAGGAGAGAUAUGGAAACCAAGAACCAGUCCGUUAUCGUCAGUGGCGAGAGUGGCGCGGGAAAGACAUGGACAACACGAAAACUUAUGCAUUUCAUAACUGAUUUGACGAAUUCGAGGAAAGACGAGAUUGCUAAAGUGAACAGAAUUGAGCAAAGGAUUCUAGAUUCGAAUCCCAUUCUGGAAGCAUUUGGAAAUGCAAAGACCGUGCGCAACGAAAACAGUAGUCGAUUUGGAAAAUACAUCCAACUUCAGUUUGAUAGGAACCAGAAGAUCGUCGGAGCAACUAUCAACACUUAUCUUCUGGAAAAGACGAGAGUUGUACAUCAGGCUAAAGGGGAACGAAAGUUUCACAUUUUUGACCAGAUGACUUCGGCAGAAUGCCACCUCCAAGAUUCUUCUUUGAGAAAUGACGAAUCAGCUUCUGCUGCUCUCGAAGCAACAAAGCAAGCGUUGGAGAAUGUUGGAAUUGACCAUCAACUUCAAUGCGAAAUUUUUAAGAUCCUGAGUGGCAUUCUCAAACUUUGUGAUGUUCACUUUGCGGAUGGGAAUACGACGACAACGAGCGAAAUUUGUUACGUUCAAGAUAAUAAAGUUUCAGAAGUUUGUGAUUUACUGGGAACCGAAGCGCAGUCUCUAGAGCAAUGCUUGUGCUCACGACGAAUCACAACGGGUUCCACUGGCGAACAGUUCAUGAAGCCUUGUUCAACAUCAGAAUGCGUGGAGAGAAGAGAUUGUAUAGCCAAACUCGUCUACUCCAGAUUGUUCGACUGGAUAGUAAACUUCAUAAACAUUUCUAUCAGAGCACCGCCCGAUUCAAAACAUUCUUUCAUCGGUCUUUUAGACAUCUACGGAUUUGAAAACUUCCACUUGAACAGCUUGGAGCAGUUAUGUAUCAACUAUGCUAAUGAAAAGCUUCAACAACAUUUCGUGUACCACUUUAUGAAAAGACAACAGGAAGAAUAUCAGAAGGAAGGUAUUGACUGGACCUUUCAAGAGUUCGUGGACAAUCGUCCGUGUUUAGAUCUCAUUGAAGGGAGGACAAGUGUCUUUUCGUUAAUGAACGAGGAGUGCCGUUUGAAAAGAGAGCUGGACACUAACUCGUUCAGUACCCGCCUGAAGACAGCACUGGCUCAAAACACUCACUUUACCUGUCCGCGGUUUAAAAGUGAAAAUCACGAGUUCAGUAUUCAUCACUUUGCCGAGAGUGUCUCUUACCAAGUAGAAGGACUCGUCAAGAAAAACAAGGAUUUUGUUCCACCCGAAGUAAUCGAACUGUUACAAAGCAGCACCAAUUCAUUGAUCCAAGAGCUCUUUCAAGCGAGAGAUCUUAUUCCAGACAGAGCUGGUGAACAAGAGAAUGGACAGUUUCCAUUCAAGGAAAGCAGUAAACAUCGACAGUCCACAAUCACUGUUGUUCAUAAAUUCAAGGAUUCACUCAACAGACUGAUGUCAACACUGCGUUCUACAAAUGUUCACUACAUUCGUUGUAUCAAGCCAAACUCCAAUUGUCAGCCCGGAGUAUUCGAUAGAAACCAGAGGUUGGAGCAAGUACGAAACAGAUGUCUCACCAAAUCAGUGUUGAUAAUCCAGAAGUGUUGGAGGCGUCACAAAAGGAGGCUCGAACGGAGAAGGGUGACUGCAGCUGUUUUAAUCCAAUCAGCUUGGAAAGGAUGGAGAGCCAAGAUAAAUUUCCGGAGAAUUCAGGAAUCAACCAAAGUCAUACAACGCUAUGCGAGACGCUAUUUCGAGGCGAAACGACUCAAAAAAGAGUGCCGAAGUGUUCUAAACUCAACCGGUGACAUGUCCACUAAAGAGGCCUUGGCUCUGAAGGAAAGAAUUAGUGUUUCACCACUGUCCCCAUCUUUUUCACUCCUUGAAACUACUAGCCGUCAUUUUGGUUUGACUUCAAGUUUAGCCUCACGUGCAAUGCUGUCUUGGUUCGACGAGUUUACACCACAAAACCAUAGGUUGUCGCCUUGUAAAAGUCAAAUGAUAAUGAAUUCGAGCAGAAGUCAUGUAAGCCCUCUUGGUCUGUUAAUGGGCUUCGGACGGGAGAACCUUCAUACAAGAAUACAGACUAGUAAGCACUGUGCCACGCAGUCCGUCAAUAAAUCGUCCACUAUUAUAUCGCGGCGAGACAUUGAAAAGGUACCAGUAGCAUUUCAUUGCAAAGGAACCCCUCUGGCUUACGCCAACACGAGACCACAUCCGGGAAACACAACCAACACGGGAUUAGCAAGCAUCAGCGAAAUGGAUUGCUAGCAAAAGUGGACGACCUCACCCUGCACUUUGCACCGGCUCUUUCGGCACGGGAGUGAUGGACACGUAACUUCGCAGACAUUUUCUCACGCUUAUUACAUCACAACCAGGUCCUUCUAUUUAUCCGCAAGGCAAUGCGAGUUGGUUAAUGCGCUGGGAACGAGAAAUCCUCGACUAAAUGAAAAUAUGACUGUGUUGAUUUCGAUUUUAAGUUACUUCUUAAAGCGUUAUGUUGAUCCAAAGAUGUAGACAAGAAAUUAUGUCUUCAAGAGAAUUUUCGCUCACUAUUCGCAAAGCACAACUCAACGGAGCAAAAAAAUAUCGCUGCGUGAAAAAGGAGAGGUAUUGUUUGAAUGGUAAAUCAUACAGUAGAAAAAAAAUUCUAAAAAAAAUUGCGUUUAAUUACACUGUUACGUCAGAGUAAUACGUGGUAAUCUACAAGUUUGGUGUAACAUAUUUUUUAAUAAGGGAUUAAAUUCAUAUUCGAUGUCGA